AUGUCCGACUUGUAUCUUUCUCGGAUACGUAGUUGGUUUAUGAGCUCGCCCCCCGCCGAAUGGGCCCUCAACCGCCUCCGCUCGACCCUCAUCGGUGCUCUGUCUCAAGGGCCCAUCCCGCAACAUGUCGCCUUUGAGAUGGACGGCAACCGCCGGUAUGCGCGGAGCCACAAGAUAGAAACGAUCGAAGGCCAUCAUCUGGGCUUUGAAGCUCUUGCUCGGGUGCUCGAGGUCUGUUACAAGUGCGGUGUCAAGGUCGUGACGGUUUACGCUUUCAGUCUCGAGAACUUCCACCGCCCCAAGUACGAGGUCGACGGGCUUAUGCAGCUCGCCAAACUCAAACUAGAACAGCUCAUACAACAUGGAGAGCUGCUAGACCGAUAUGGCGCGCGUGUGAAGGUGCUGGGGCGUCUCGAUUUAAUCCCCCCAGAUGUCCUCGAGGUUGUCGAAAGGGCCGCCGCUACGACGAAAAACAACACUGAUUGCGUCCUCAACAUCUGCUUCCCCUACACGUCCAGGGAGGAGAUGACGACUGCGAUCCGGACUACUGUUCAGGAGUACUCGACCACCCCGCGUCCGCACAGCACCCCGUUUUCUCAGAGCAGGAUAACACAGAAGAUCCUGUCCAAACAAGCCGGCAAACCGGACCCGCUCGAGCCCAUCAGGGAAUCACCGUCCCCAACCCCGUCCUCGGUGCCGUCCGACGACCAGGAUGACGCCGUAUCGACCGCGACAACCCUCCACUCUGACUCGACGGCCGUCAAGAGCGGCGGCGACGAGGAAACGGUGGCCAUAUACCCUAACGCGGAGACGAUCACCCCGGAAACCAUCGACAGUCACAUGUACACAGCUGGCUGCCCUCCGCUCGACAUAUUCGUGAGGACUAGCGGCGUUGAACGGCUGAGCGACUUCAUGCUGUGGCAGUGCCAUCAGAACACCCACAUCUUCUUUCUCAAGUGUUUCUGGCCUGAGUUCGAUCUAUGGAGUUUCCUUCCCCGUGCUGGUGGAGUGGCAAUGGCGACAGAAGCAGAAGGCGAGGGACGAGAGGCCGCGGCGGCGGGUGAAGGAGGCGUGAAACUUUGGACCGCCCCCCAAAUCUUCAGCAGAGAAUCGAGUGUCAAGAUGCACAUGGCCAAGCCAAUUGCCCAGCUCACAAGCAGCCGACAGAGACGGCGACCACGCCAAACCCGGCCCUCCUCCCUCUAUCCUCGUCGUCCUUUCGAACAACCCACCGUUAGCCUCCCCGAGUUCGCAAUCCCUUUACCGUACCACUAUUUCCACUGGCCUCGUCGAUUCGUUAUGAAGACGGCAAAGCCACCGGCGUCGGAGGGCGCGACCGGUUCGAGUCGCAGACAACCAGUGCGCCAAACACGAGUCAACCCACCACGCACAUCCUCUCUCAAUCGCGCCAACUCGAUGGCAAGUGCUCCUGCGGCGGAACAGCCCAUCGAUAUUCUACCGGGGGUAACCCACUUUACCGAUGCUAUCACCGCCCUUCCGAAAGAACUCGUUCGCCACUUUACCUUACUGAAGGAAGUGGACGCUAAGAUUUUCGCGCCCGAAGCCGCUCUCCUCCAACUUCUCCACAGCGCUGUCAACACGCCUGCCCUAGACCUUGCUAGGCCGCUCAAUGAUGCGCCGAGCACCGUCGCCUCGGUAUCUGCGUCCAUUAGCGCCCACAACAGCACCACCGAGCCCGCAAACCCGUCGGCACCCUCCUCCGAUGGCGCGGCCAGCAGCGUAUUUGAUCCCGCUAACAUCCCCCGCCGUACCAUCUUUCGCGACACCGCGUUAAAGAUACAAGAAAUGCUAGUGUCCUUGGAGGAAAAGAAUCACGUCAUCCCUACUGCCAACGACGCCCUACAGAAACAAUUAUCUCGCAUCGAGAAUAUCUGGCCACACCUCGCGGCCGAGUUCAGCGAGGAAGCAAAAUGGGGCAGCGCUACACAUUGGGCAUAUGUCGAAAACAGGCAAGCCAAGGCCAACGAUAAACAAGCAGAGCGAUCGCGCCGUGAGGGCGCUGCUACCCUCUCGGCAGCCGCCCAGGCCCUGGCCGAGGAGGCCGCUGCUCGUAGUAACGACAGGAAGCAGGCCAUGGCUGCCAAGAAGAGCGCGAAGAACCAGGCUGCCGAUGUGGACGGCGACAAAGCGCAGGAAGGCGGGAAGAAGGCCCCUGGGGGCAAGUCGCGGAAACCUCUGCCCGACUCUGGACCAGUUGGCCUCGGCAUUACCCCUGGCCCUCCGGGGGCCGCCCCGGCCGGUAAGAGACGCAAAGUGGAGGCAAAGCCUAACGGAGGAGCCCCUACGGAGCGCGCAAUGGGGUCAGUAUUCGGGACAAACGCCGCGAAGCAGAGGACUACGAGCCCGAGGGAGACGCCUGCGCCAGAAAGCGGGAACAAGAAACGCAAGGCACUUCCUUCAUCGAGCGCCGCGAUGUCGCCGUCCGUCACAUCUUCCCCGGUAAUCGGAUCAUUCCCCGACCCCGUCCGGCGCGGCUCACCAGCGCCGUCGCUUACCGCACCCAGGCCUGCCUCCUCUCGGGCGCGUCAGAACUCUACACAGUCGAAUGUUGAGGGCAUGCGGCAACAUCUACCAACCGCGGCAUCUAACAAGCCGACCGCGAACCCGCAAGGGACACCUGACCUGGGUCAAGUGAGCAACGGGGCGAGGACAACGACAGAUGCAAAGAUUCAAAAGGAGGCCACUGUCCCCAUCAUGAACAAACCAAAUCCUGUAAAGCCGGAGACCGAGGCACCCCAACCAGCGCCAGAGCCGGCACAAAACAGCAGCAAAAAGGAGACGGCGGCCAAACCAAGCGACGAGCCUGCUCCACCUGUCAAGGAGACGGCGCCCCUCGCCAUCCAGCCUGCUUCGGUGGCCAUGGUCAAGACUAAGAGCGGGCGAGCAAGCAAGCCGUCCACCCCAGCGACCGCAACCUUCGCCGAGGCCGCAUCGUCAACAGCUGCCCCCACAACAGCCCGUUCCCGGCCGUCACGCAACAACAAUAAUAACAACAACAACAUCAACGCCGAAGGCGCCAACGGCACCGCCGGGACCGGCCCCUCCAGCAACGCAACCACCGCCACCGCCCCGAUAACGAAGAGGAGCCACAAAAAGGGCGCCUCCAUCUCCGCCACGGCCGCAGCACACGCCCAGCAGCAAGCCGCCGCCGCCGCCGCCGCCGCCGCAGCCUCUAACACGUCAGCGUCGGCGGCAGUGGCGGGGGUGCCACUACCACCAAGAAGGACAGCGGCGGCAAGACUCGCGGCAGCGGCCAACGCGAAGGGCGGCAGCAGCGGUAACACCGCCGGCGCCUCUGCCUCUGGCACUGCCGUUGAUGACGACGACGAGGAGGAAGAGGAACAGGAGGUGGCUGACGAGGACCUGUAUUGCUACUGCAACCAGGUCAGCUACGGCGAGAUGGUCGCGUGCGAUGGUGAUGGUUGCCCCCGCGAGUGGUUCCACCUUGAGUGUGUGGGGUUGAAGGUCGCGCCGAAGGGGAAUGUAUGGGGUGAUGGUGGUGGUGGUGGUUACAGCAGCCGAUCCCCACCAUUUCCGAUCGAGCUGAGCUUGCCUUGCCUUGCGUCGAACUGGACUUGGCUUGGGGAUUGGUGA